GAGAGUCCAGUAGGAGGAACAGCUGUGUUGGGUUCUCAGCCUGACACAAACCCUGGAUUUGCGAGAAAAAAAAUCGAAGCCGUCAAGAGCACCAAUGUUGCACUUCGAUCUUUGGAUAUUUAAAUUAUUUUUCCAACUUUAAAAAAAGAAGUAAAUUCCACAAACUUCAUCUAAUAGGAUUGACGCCCGGACUAAUAAUAAGACAACACGAAAAUGAAGACCCUGGAUGAGCCCCCGUACCUGACCGUGGGCACGGACGUCAGCGCCAAGUACCGCGGGGCUUUCUGCGAGGCCAAGAUCAAAACCGCCAAGAGACUGGUCAAAGCCAAGGUCACCUUUAAGCCGGACUGCUCCACUGGGGAGGUGCAUGACGAGCACAUCCGCGGCCCCUUAAAGGUGGGUGCAGCGGUGGAGGUGAGGAACCCUGGCGGGGUGUACCAGGACGCCGUCAUCAACAAGCUGACGGACGCCAGCCUGUACACUGUGGUGUUUGAUGAUGGAGAUGAGAAGACUCUGAGACGGUCGUCUCUGUGCCUGAAAGGAGCGCGCCAUUUUGCGGAGAGUGAGACCCUGGACCGGCUCCCCCUCACCAACCCUGAACACUUUGGCACGCCAGUCAUCGGGAAGAAGACCAACCGCGGUCGACGGUCCAAUCCCGUCAAAGAGGAAGAAUCGUCCUCGUCCUCCAGUGAGGAAGAAGAGGGUGACCAGCAGGAGAAUGACGAGCUGGUGGGGAAGGUUGUGUGCGUGGAGGUGGUUGCCCCCGGCGACAAAAAGAAGAGCACGUGGUAUCCGGCGCUGGUGCUCUCUCCUGACUGCAGUGAAGACCGGGCCAGCAGGAAGGACACUGUCCUCGUCCGUUCCUUCAGAGAUGGGAAGUUCUGUGCGGUUCUGCGAAAGGACGUGCGCGAGAUCAACAGACAGACGGCGCCCAAAGCUGACGCGGCUCUCAAGCCAGCUCUGGACGACGCGCUGGAGUUCCUGCGCUGCGGCAGCGUGCCGGGCUCCUGGAGGACCGAGGUGAAGGACGAGUCCUCCAGCAGCGAGGAAGAGGAGGACGAGGAGGAAGAGGAGGCGGAGGAGGAGGGCAGUAGCGGGGAGGAGGAGGAGGAAGUGGAACCCUUUCCAGAGGAGAGAGACAACUUCCUGCAGCAGCUCUACAAGUUCAUGGAGGACCGAGGCACUUCCAUUAACAAGAGGCCGGUGCUGGGCUACAGAAACCUCAACCUCUUCAAGCUCUACAGACUGGUGCACAAACUGGGCGGCUUCGACAGCAUUGACAGCGGUGCUGUCUGGAAGCAGGUGUACCAGGACCUGGGGAUCCGUGCUGCCGGCUACAAUGUUAAAUGUGCCUAUAGAAAAUACCUGUACGGGUUCGAGGAGUACUGCACCUCCACUGGAAUCAGGUUCCAGAUGGCCCUCCCCCACCGGCCGGAGCGGAAGCCCGAGGAGGCGUCGUCGGGGGCCGUCGCCGGGCAGCCCGUUACCCCCGGCAACACGGCCGCGUCCGAACAGAGGGGCGUUCGCGAGGAGCAGCGGCCUCGCACGGAGGGCGAACCCAGCGACCUCCCGCCCGCCGUGUGCACGGAUGAGCGAGCAGACCCAGGCAGCGAUAAGCUGGAGACCGUUCGUCCAAAGGACGAAGAUGAUGAGGAGGAGACCGUCAGCAGACUGGGACACCAGGAUGAAGACGAUGAUGGGGACGGAGGUCCCGGGGAGGACCCCCCCGGCCCCCGGGCGGAAAACGUCAAGCUGGAGCGCUACGGGGAUCUGCACGGCGGGGAGCAGUCAGGGGAUGACAGCAGUCAGGAGGGGGAAGGGGAGGAGUUUGAGAGUUUCCCCGCGGGGAUGAAGGUGCAGGUGAGGUAUGGGCGAGGCCGCACUCAGAAGACGUACGAGGCCACAGUGAAAGAGUCUGACCUGGAGGGGGGCCAGGUGCUGUACCUGGUGCACUACUGUGGCUGGAACAUCAGGUAUGACGAGUGGAUUAAAGCCGAUAAGAUUGUGCGGCCGGCCAAUAAGAACGUGCCCAAAGUCAAGCAUCGUAAGAAAAUAAAGAAUAAAACGGAAAGGGAGAAGGACAGGAUCGAGAGGCUGAAGUACGGGGAGGGCCUUCCUCCCAAAAACAACCGGAUCCACCGCUCCUCCAAGCCCGGCGCCCCCCAUGACGGCUUCUCCCCGCUGGAUGACCUCGGUGACAAAGGGGCCAAACACCCGGCCUCUAAGUCCAUCGAGAUCACGUCCAUCCUCAACGGCCUGCAAGCCUCAGAGAGCUCGACCGAGGAGAGCGAGCGUGAGGAAGAGGAGGAUGAUGACGGCGAGGGUGACCAUGAGGAAGACGAACAGCCAGGUCUCCGUGGCGACCGCAGGAAGCCGGGGCCACCGGAGGGGCCCCGUGGGGCAGAGCUCUGGGAGGGCAGCCGGGGCAUGGCAGGGGGGUGCAGGGCGGGGCCGGGGGGUGAGGGGGCUCUGGAGCCCGACAGCCAGGGCUGCACAGAGCAGCGGGGCCCCUCGGAGCCCCCACAGGGGGAGGGGGCCAGCCGAAAGCGCAAAGCAGACGCCCCGGGGCAGCGGGGCCCGAGAGCAGCCUCCCGGACCAGGCCUCGGAGCAGGACUGCAGACUGGCUGCCCCACGGCUCCCCCCACAGGCCGGAGGACAGAAGCGCAGGCCCCCGGGCGGGGGAGGGGAGCAGCAGCACCUCUGAGGAUGAGGGGGAGGGCCCGGCGGGGCCCGGCUCAGAGGCCGGGGGUCGGGGUCGCAGCAGAGCCAAACCGUCCCCCUCCAAAAAGUACAACGGGCUGAAGGAGAAGACCAAGGCCGGGCGGGCGUCGGCGUUCUGGGAGGUCCCGGAGAAGCGGCCCAAGCUGGCGUGUGUGGACGAGCGGCCGGCUGGCGGGCGGGGGAAGGGCCAGAAGGACGUGUGGUCCAGCAUCCAGGCACAGUGGCCCAAGAAGACGCUGAAGGAGCUGUUCUCCGAUUCGGACACUGAGGCGGCCAACUCUCCCCCGCCCGGGCUGGCUCAGGCCGAGGACCCCCGGGGGGGCAGCCCGGAGAGGGGCGGCGAGGCGGGUCCAGGGUCCCCCGAGCCCGAAAACACACACCGGCCGCCCAGCAGCGGGAGCAACUCUGUCCUCAACACGCCCCCCACCACCCCCGAGUCCCCCCCCAGCAGCCCCGCCCCUGCCCCGGCUCCGGCCCCUGCCCCGCCCUCGCUGCCCGGGCCCCAGCCCGCGGGCCCCCCGCCGGAGGAGAGUUUGGGGGGGCGCAGCGAGUCGGACAGCAGCACGGUGGAGGUGGAGAGCCUGGGGGGCGAGCUGCACCAGGAGGACCGGGCGGGGCCCCUCUCCAUGGCCUUCGACGGGAGCCUGUCCUGCAACAGCAGCUGCAGCAGCCCGCACGCCGGGGACCCCAGGGCCCGGGGGCCCAGGGCCGGGGGGCCAGCACUGGCCAAUCAGAAGCAGCAGAAGGAGUCCCCGGGCGACGGAGCUUCAAAGAAACACAAACGGAGCCACAAGAACUCAGGCACUCCCCCGAAAAAGAGCCGGAAGAUGGCUCACAGCAGUGACAGUGAGGACCACUCCACCAGUGAGAACACUGCCAAAUCCCCCGCCUCCAAGACCACCCCCGCCGCCAUGCCCAAGUGCCCCAGCAGGGCGCCCCCUGCAGGCCACAAGUACCACAAGCAGGGCGACUCGGAGCCCCAGGGCCGCACGCCACGCAGCUACAAGUGGAGCUUUCAGAUGUCCGAUCUGGAGAAGAUGACCAGCUUGGAGCGGAUCUCCUUCCUGCAGGAGAAGCUCCAGGACAUUCGCAACCACUACCUCUCCCUCAAGUCCGAGGUGGCCUCCAUCGACCGCCGGCGGAAGCGUAUGAAGAAGAAGGAGCGAGAAAGUACAGUGCCAGCCUCCUCUUCAUCCUCCUCCUCCUCAUCCUCCUCCUCCUCCUCCUCUCCAUCCUCCAGCUCCCUGACGGCGGCGGUCAUGUUGACCCUGGCCGAGCCCACCGUUUCAGGGUCCUCUCAGAACUCUGGGGUUUCGGUCGAGUGCAGGUGACAGGAAGUCCAACAGCCCACAGCACUCUGCACUUAGACCUCAAACCUCCAAACCCCCCAGCCCCACCCCUGCUCCUUUUAAAGUCCAAGUCUCCCCAAAUAUACCUGCCUUUGAGCUGAAAGCUCGGUUGACAUGGCAACGUCACUGAGAAGGGUGGAGGGCUAACUGAAGUGUAGCCUGUAAACCGUUUUAAAAACAGGUGAUAUCCACCCAUCGUACCAGAAUUCCCCAUUCGGUAAGAUAUCCAGUUGAAAAGACGGUUUCAUGCACCUCAUAUUUAUACAAAUUCAGGAAACAUUACACAUAUUGCUUAUAUUUUUAGCUAGCAUUGUGACUCAAUACAGUACUUAAAGCCAGGCACAUUGCUAGCUAUCUCAUCUCUAUAUUUACCAAGAGGUUCCCUUACCCCUACGCAUCCCACCUGUUUUUACUUGUUAGCUGAACCAGCUAGCUCUUUAGCUGUUUUACAGUAGGCUAGCCAUGUCUGCUCCAGAGCACAGUUUGUUCACUGUGUGUGGCAUAACAUUAUUAAAUAAGGCUGCCUUUAUUCAUUCAUUUUUAUGGAAAAAAAGAGUUAUGAAAUAUUACCACCUGUUUAUGUUUCAAUUGAAGUAACAUCACAAUUAAGAUAAUUAAUUCUUGUUCACUUAAAAAUCCUGUUUCAAGGUAAUAUUUGGGCAGAGUUUACUUUUGAGACUUGGACUUUAAAACACAAAAUGUCUACUCAACAAACUAGAGGCACAAACAAUCCUGAAAGAAAAACAGAAUUAAGCACUAUUUUCUAAUGACAACUGUUUUCUCGGCAAGCUAACUGCACUUAAGUGCACUUUUAUAAAUGGGGGUUAUAUAAAAAAAAAAUUAAAAAAAAGUACAAUGAACUUGUUUUGUCGGUGUUAAACAGAUUAUUGAAGUUGUUUUCUUCAAGCAAUAAUUAUUUCCAAUUUGAUUGUGUUAGUUUGAGAGUCAGAUGCGAUUGAACUCAAGUUGCCUUCAGCUCUAGGAUGGGCACUUUCCUACUCACCGAAAGUGCGGCCCAAACGUGUUUCAAGAGGGAUUACACGCGACUGACGACUCUGCCCCAAGUCUCUCCGGUUUCUCAGAGCCCCUGUCCUGUGGACAGGGCUGUAACCAUGACCACAGGAGCCACAGGCUGUAACCAUGACCACAGGAGCACUGUGGCAACAGCAUUAGCAUUAGCAUUAGCACCAUUCUCUUCAUGUUAGAAGAGCCGGUGUAGCAACAAAGCCCGUUGCUGAGAAAGGUUCACUGACGGCGAGUAUCGAAUUGAACGUGAUACUGCCGUGCCUUGUAGUUUCUCUUCAGGAACUCAAAUACCCACAAUGCAGUGGAGGCAUUCGGCCAUAUUCGAGCACGCGUGGUCUCGCCCUGCCAGUCCAGCAGUAACAAAGGUUCAGUCCCCUUCCUGUUUACAAAAACACUCAACACUCAAGUGUGUGAAUACUGCAGAAUGCAAAGGGCUGUUUAAAAUGUAUUACAGAAACGCUGAUUUGUAUUUAAACGAGUUUUAAAUAUUCUUACGUUUGUGUUGAUAUCGACCCUUAAAAAUGGGGAUUGGAGAAAAAUGUGGAGAGACAUGCACUUGACAAUAUACUUUCUUUUUUUUUGGUGGCCAUUAUCAAAAAUGUAUUUUAUGAAUAUACCUAGAGAUCAUUUUUAAACAAUGAGGCAGUAAAUGCAAGUGCAAUGUUAAAAGUAUUGAUUUAAUGUUCUUUUAAAUUGCCAGUUGAUUCCUCACAGCCUCUCGAGAUGUUACAGGGUUUUUUACGUGACAGUUCAUGAAUUCCCUUGUUCAAGGUUACAACCGACAACUCUGGACCUGCUGUUUUAUCUGUUUUUUACAGACAUAACUGUCCUUCUAAAAAUUACUGAGGGUUGUUUUUAACAUCAUGAAAAAGCCUGUAGCCUAGCAGCUAAGCUACAUGACUGGGACCCAGAAAGUUGUUGGUUCAAGCUCUGGUGUAGCAAGGCCCAUAACCCCACAUUGCUCCAGGGUGGGAUUUUCCCCUGCUUAGUCUAAUUAACUGCAAGUCGCUUUGGAUAAAAGUGUCAGCUAAGUAACUGUAAUGUAACCUUUAUCUCCUCCAUAAUUUUACCGUCCUGGACUGUGGCUGUGUCUGUCUCCCAUCAGGGCAGCCCCAACCAGCACUUCCAACAAGUCCUACUGCAGAGAAACCACAUGGUUUAGAAGUGUAAAUCGCUUGUGUGUGUGUGUGUGUGUGUCUGUCUGUGUCUGUGUCUGUGUCUGUGUGUGUGUGUGUGUGUGUGUGUGUGUGUGUUUGUGUGUCUGUCUGUCUGUCUGUCUGUCUGUCUGUGUGUGUGUGUGUGUGUGUGUGUGUGUGUGUGUGUGUGUGUCUUGAGCCCUAGUCCAAUAAACAACAGUGUUCAUUUAAAGAUGACCCACAGUUCUCACAAAACUCCAUCUGACCUCCCAAGCACCUCCCUCCUAAAUCUUUUGUUUCUGUACAAGAUAAAGGGUUAUAAUGUUGCAAAUCUGCAUUUGCAGUACAAUAAAGGAGAAAUCUAUUCUGAAUGGAGCUACAGGCUCUUUCUGACUUUGUAUAGACGCCCAGCUGUAGAUAAGAUGAACCUUGUUCUGAUGGCCUGUUCUAUUUGACACUUGUAUGUAAUUGUAUGCCUUUGUAAUACAUUUGUAUAUUGAGAAGCGUGUUUGGGGGUAAGCUAUUUAAUAUCUUGCACUGUUAAUUCUGUACAUACUGUUUUCUGUGUAGCUUCUGUGCACAUCCUCAGAAGAUGAGUGUGUCUCCUUUGUUAGUUUUUUUCCCCCGUUUUGCUGUUCUUAUGUGAGACCGUUUUAUUAUGUUUUCCCCUUUUUUGUAUUUUUCUAGCAAAGUCAGCUUCGAUUUUUGUUAGUUUGUGCUGCUCGUAUGAGCAGAUUUCUUUUUGUGUUAAACCAUUGGGUUAAAAAGUAUUUACACACUUGUACAUGGGAUGUAAAGUUUUAUGACUCUUUACAAAACUGCUCAGAAAGGGGAUGGGAGGGGCACAAAGCUUAUUGAGAAAGCUCUAAAGUAUUUAUUAGGUUCUUCAGAGGAUGGACAUUGUGUAAUUUAUUGUACAAAUGUAAGCAAAAAGAAGCCUGUUUGAAAUAAAUACCAUAGUUUGUGAA